AUGCAGAGAAAUGGUAUUAGUAUUCUGGGAGUAAAUGAAAUGAGAUGGAACUCUUGUGGGAGGUUGAGAAUAGCUACAGGAGAAACUGUGCUGUACUCAGGAAUGGAUGAAGGUGAAAAUCAUGAGAGAGGAGUUGGCUUCAUUCUGUCUAAAGAAGCUGCACAAUGCCUGCUGGAAUGGGAACUGUCGUUUGAGAGGAUAAUCAGAGCCAGGUUCAACUUGAGAUGGCAGCAGGUCACCAUCUUGCAAUGCUAUGCCCCAACAAAUGAGGCAACGGAGGAGGCGAAGGACGAUUUUUAUGACCAGCUACAGAUGGUUUUGGAGCAGGUGCCAUGCAGAGAUGUGAUCAUCACGGGAGAUAUGAAUGCUAAGGUGGGGAUGGACAAUACAGGUAGAGAGGUGAUGGGUAAACAUGGGGCAAGAGCUGAGAUGAAUGAAAAUGGUGAGAGGUGGGCAGACUUCUGUCAGGCAAAUGAGCUGGUAUUCAGUGGAAUGCUGUUCCCCCGUAAGGAGUGUCACAAGCAGACAUGGAGGACUCCUGACGGUGUUAUUGUGAACCAGAUCGACCACCUGGCAUUUAGCAGGAGAUGGAGGAGCUCACUGCAGGACGUUCGCGUGCUGCAUGGGGCAGACGUUGGGUCAGACCACCAUCUGUUGAUGGCAAAAUUCAGGCUAAAGAUUGCCAAAGUGAGAAAAGGGGAAAAUGGCCGAGUGCGUUUCGAGGUCAGCAAGCUGAAAGACUUGGAGGUUAGGAACGCAUUCAAGCUAGCGCUGAACAACAGAUUUGAGGGUCUGCAGCAGUUGAUGGAGGAGGAGGAGCUGCUGCGAGCAGGUGCUGGGUAG